AUGCGAUCAAGAUGCGAGGUUCAGUGCUUUGCUGUCCCGAAGCUGCUGGGUCACAGCGUUAACGAAGCCAGGUUACUGAUUUUGACUUUUCAAUUGGUGUUUCCAACCAUGGCAGGCUACAUUGGCGAGUUCGAGGAGGUCGACGACCACCGCUCCGGCAAGGUUGUCAUCCAGCUCAACGGCCGCAUCAACAAGUGCGGUGUCAUCUCGCCCCGCUUCAACGUUCAGCUCGGUCAGAUCGAGAACUGGGUUCAGCAGCUCCUGCCUGCCCGUUCGUUCGGCUACGUUGUGCUCACCACCUCGUCCGGUAUCAUGGACCACGAGGAGGCCCGUCGCAAGCACGUUGCCGGCAAGAUCCUCGGCUUCUUCUACUAA